CUGCGCUGCCCCGCUGCCGGCGCGGGGCGUCCCUCCCCGCCGACCCCUCCGGCCCGCGCCUGGACUCUCUCGCGAGCCAGGCCGGUUCCACCCGGCCCGCCAGCCCCGGGGGCGGCCCCUUUCGGAGGGCGGCCCCCAGACGGAGGCGCGAUCCUCGGGAGCCCGGCCCGGCCUCCCCGGAGCUCGCGCUGUGCGGACUCGCCUCGGAGGCUCCCUGCGCGGCGGAGAGAUGCCUGCCCCAGAAAGGAGGGGGUGGGAAGGGAAGAGAAGCAGGGAGAGCAGGAGCCGGGCCGAAGGCGGGAGGAGGAAAAGAUGGAGAGCGAGAAAGGCGGAGAAAAGAGGCGAGGGAGAGAAGGCAGAAGGCAAAGAUAGACGGGAUGGAGGGAGGGAUGUCCUCGGGCCUGGUCCCUUUACUGGGUUUCGUCUAGCAGGUCCCUCACCGGCCCAAGGACAAGGCUCGCCAAACUGCACCUGUCUGCUGCCAGCCCCAGGGCUGGCUUUCAGACCAAGGGCAAGUAGAGGUCGGAGCCUCCCCAGAAGCCACACCUGAUCUGGUGGAUAAAGAAGAGGCUCCAAGCUUGCACAUGAAUGAGAGCACCACGGUGGGGUGGGCCAGAAAAACCAAAAGUGUACCAAGGUGUCCGGGUGAAGAUCACGGUGAAGGAGCUGCUGCAGCAGAGAAGGGCGCACCAGGCAGCCUCAGGGGGAACCCUGUCUGGAGGCAACAGUGUCCAGCUUUCAGACCCAGUUGCACCAUCUCCUGCAGGACUGUGUUUUGAGCCUGAGCCGAUUUCUUCCACGCCUAAUUAUUUUCAACCCCGAGAAUUUUCCAGUUGUGUUUCUUGUGAAGAAAACCCGAGCUGCCUCGACCAGAUCUUUGAUUCCUACCUUCAGACGGAGACACACUCGGACCCUUCGCUCAAUUCCAUGCAAAGUACUCCACACUAUUUCCCAGACAGCUUCCAAGCUGCCCCUUUCUGCUUCAACCAGAGCCUGACCCCAGAAUCGCCUUCGGAUUCCUCCACUCUCUCUGGUUCCUUAGACUGCAGUUACUCGCCGGCUCAGCUACCUUCAUAUGCUCCAGAGAAUUACAAUUGCCCCCCUUCUCUGGACACCAGAAACUGCGGCUAUCCUUCAGAAGACUAUUCCUACCCUCUCUUGCCCUCACAUGCCCAGUACGACUGCUUUUCCUCGGCCGCCACUUCGGUCUGCUACUGUGCAUCCUGUGAGGCAGAACACUUGGACACCAUCAGAGCGUCAGAGUAUUUUUCCUAUCCCAGCACAGACUGUGUGAACUUUGCUCCCUCAGCAGCAGGAACCAGUGAUUUCUAUAAGAGGGAAACAAACUGUGACAUCUGCUAUAGUUAAUAGAGAUUACAUUCAUUUGGAACAUGGCAUGUGUAUAUCUAUUUUUCUACCACACCAAAUGACAACCGAGAUGUGCGACCUGUUAACAAAAUAUCCAAGCACAGCUUACGUGCCACCAUUUUCAAUUUUCUGAUGCUAACUUAGGCAUUAACAUGAAGUCCUCAGACCUGGUCAUGAUUCCACUCCUACUUUGUAUGCUGAUAGUUAAAAUUUUUGUAGGGAAUACUCAAUUGUUUUACUUUUCUGUGUAACGAACAAAUUCUAAUUUUUUUACUAAUAAAUAAUUUUGUAUUAUUAAA